CUGCGCGUGGGACGGGAAGAUGGGGCCGGUGCGCGUGCUGGAGCUGUACAGUGGCAUCGGUGGGAUGCACCAGGCGCUGACAGAAAGCUGUAUAUCAGCAGAAGUUGCUGCUGCUGUUGAUGUGAACACUGUUGCUAACGAAGUGUACAAACACAACUUUCCCAGCACGCCAUUGUGGGCAAAGACAAUUGAGGGCAUAACACUGGCGGAGUUAAACAGAUUAUCUUUUGAUAUGAUUUUGAUGAGUCCUCCAUGUCAGCCAUUUACAAGAAUUGGCCUGCAAGGUGAUGUAUCUGAUCCAAGGACAAACAGUUUUCUUUACAUCCUGGAUAUUCUCCCAAGGCUCCAGAGGCUACCAAAAUAUAUACUUUUAGAAAAUGUGAAAGGAUUUGAAACGUCUUCUGCCAGAGACAAACUUGUAGAAACACUAAAGAAGUGUGGAUUUAAAUACCAAGAAUUUCUCUUGUCUCCAACAUGUCUUGGCAUUCCCAAUUCCAGGCUGCGAUAUUUUCUGAUUGCAAAGCUUCAGUCAGAGUUAUUUUCCUUUCAAGCUCCUGGUCAGAUAUUGGAAAAUUUCCCAGACCAGGAGCCAAAAGCUUCAGUGAAGCACAGAGUUGCUGCAGGCUUGGAAAAAGAGAGCUCCUUCAUGCCACCCAAAGAGGAAUACAUUGAUCCAAAUUCUGGUUCUGAUUGUGGCAAUGGACAGUGUUCGCAGAAGGAAGCGUUCGUUUUUAAACUAGAAACAGCAAAAGAAAUGGAAAAAAAGUGGAACCAGGACAGUGAUCUCUCUAUUCAAAUGCUAAAAGACUUCCUUGAAGAGGAUGGAGAAGAAACGAGUCAGUACUUCUUGCCACCAAAGGCCUUACUGCGCUAUGCUUUUCUGUUAGACAUUGUGACACCCAGCUGCAGGAGAUCCACAUGCUUCACAAAAGGGUAUGGUCACUAUGUAGAAGGAACAGGCUCAGUGCUGCAGACAGCAGAGGAUGUGCAGCUAGAAUCAGUGUUUAAAUCCAUUGAGAUGCUAUCAGAAGAAGAGAAGCUUAUGAAAUUGUCAACACUAAAACUGCGAUAUUUUACUCCUAGAGAAAUAGCAAAUCUCCAUGGAUUCUCUCCAGAAUUUGGGUUUCCUGACAAGAUAACAAUGAAGCAACGCUACCGCCUCCUGGGAAACAGUCUCAAUGUACAUGUAGUGGCUAAACUGAUCUCACUUCUGACCCGAUGAUUUUGAACCCAAACUUGAUGAGAUCUGUCUGGCAUAGGUCCUGCUAACUCAGAAUAUACUUUCCUUCUUUGAGAGACUUAGUAAAAGUUGUAGCAGCUUUAUAAAAAUCAUCACUAACAUUUUAAAUGUCCAUGCAAAGUAUCUAUCUGGAAUAGAUUUAUUCUGCUGAACAACUGGUAUAUCUUGAAUACCUUUGUUUAUGGAAGAUCUGAACUGUUGGAGCUAUUAAAAUGGAAGUUGCCAAUA